CUUAACUGUCGUCACAAAACUGCAAAAUAGAUAAACAAACCUGAGGGGUGUGUGAGGAUGCUCUCAUCUGUGUUUGUGUGCAUAAGGGUCUCUAAUUAGCUGAGUGGAGGACUUGUGAGACACACCUUCGAGGUUUUGGGUGUCUCAAGGGUGUCUCAUGCUAUAAAAGUGAUGUUCUAUGACAGGUUCAGCAACAAACACCUGCUCAGGUACCAGAGAGUGCACCAGAUUGACUGAGAUGCUGCAUCCCAACAAGAUGACUCUUGCUCCCCUUUGUCUUCCUCUGCUGGCCGCACUGCUGCAGCCCACCCUCUGCCGAUACAACUGCUCUUCUGAGUAUGACAGGAUCCCAGACAGCUCAGACUUGACAGUGGACUGCGGCACCGCCACGAUCACGCUGGAAAUCAACCUGUGCACAGCUCAGUGGGCGGGGUUCAACUUGUCUAAUAUGGCACUAAACGGGGAGCACAAUGUCACAGAGUGCCAGGGCUCCAUUGCCUCCAGCGAGGACCCUCCCAUCAUCCGCUACCAGCUUCCGGUCAACCACAGCGAUGAAAACCCCUGUCGACAGUCCCUCCAGAUUGUGGAUGAGACCCCUGACCCCACAGGUCCCUUCAGCAACUUCCUCAACAUCCAGUCGGUCAUCAUCACGGGCUUCAUCGACACCCCCAGAUCAGAGCAAGGGGUGAUAAGCUACUCCACGGACCUCUACUAUCACUUCUCCUGCCGCUAUCCCUUGGAGUACCUGCUCAACAACACGCAGAUCGUGGCUUCCUCUGUGUCUGUGGCAACGAGUCACAACAAUGGAAGCUUCAUUGACAUGUUAAAAAUGAGUGUUUAUAAUGACUCAAGCUAUGGCUAUCCGCUAGUUGUCCCUUCAUCAGGGCUGCAGCUGCGAACGAAAGUCUAUGUGGAAGUAAAGGCCGUGAACCUGACUGGAAACUUCCAUGUGCUGCUGGAUCAUUGCUUCGGAACUCCCACCGCUUACAAUGUGUCGCACACCGAGCAGCACAACUUCUUCACCGGGUGUUCAGUGGAUAACAGGGCGACGAUAGAUACCAACGGACAUUACAAGUUUGCCCGCUUUGCCUUUGAGGCCUUCCGCUUCGUUCAACACCGCGAGCAGGCCAAGUCCAGCAUCUACCUGCACUGCAUUCUCCGACUGUGUGAGCCCACCAAAUGUCAAGAACUCUUGAACGCUUGUAACAACAGAAAAAAAAGAUCCCUGACACCUUUCGGACAGGAGGGCAGCGACUCAGCCACUCUUUCAAUUGGACCGCUGUACACCACCAGAGAAGACAGGCCUGUAGCAGAACCCUACAGUGAUAAUGUGGUGUCACAGAAGGAUGACCUGAAUGUGGCGGGCCUGGUGGUCGGUGUGGUGUUUGCCUCGGCCGCGUCCGCUCUGCUGGUUCUUGGCAGCUGGUUCAUACUGAAGAAGUUUUGCUGGGCAGGUCACUUACCUCAUGCCUUCAACUGACACUGAUGGUUUAGUUCAUAUUUACAACACAAGACAUACUGAACCAAUUUAAAAAAAUCAUACAUAUAUGUCAGAAAUUUUUAUCUAUAUUACAGAUUAUUUUCAACCAUACGGUUUGUACAAAAUGCAUAUUUUUUAAAAGAUUGGUCUUUUUUUCCAAUGCAUUUCAAAAUAUACAUUCUGCGCUAUUUAGCACGGUCGUAGAGAUUUGCCAGAACAUGCUACUAUAUAAUCAGAUAAUUAGGUCUUUGUCUUUCGACAUUGUGAAGCACCACAUGACUCAUUAUACAAAGUUGUUUUUAAAUUACAUUAAAAAAGUGUAUUUAAACAUGGUGAAGCAGCAUGUCUCUCAUUAAAUCAUUUUUUAAUAAAUUUUGAAAAUUGUCUUUUGACAUGGUGAAGCAGCACGUGGCUCAUUAUCCAAGGUCACUUCCUAAUUAAUAUUCAUUAUUAAUUUUUUAUAUAUUUUUUUUAAACCAGAACUGGGUACUAAAUGUGAUGAAAUGGUCAUGGUAAUGUUUUUGUUUUUAGACAUGGUGAAGCAGCAUUGUGGUUCAUCAUCCAAGGUUACUUUGGAACCCCCAUUCCAUGUAACUGUGU